AUGCUCGAUUUUUUUACAAUCUUUACCAAAGGUGGUAUUGUCCUUUGGUCAAAAUCCUUUGCACGUAUCACUAAUUCUCCUAUAAAUUUUCUGAUUAAAGAUAUUUUAAUCGAAGAGAGAGCUGGCGAAAAUAGUUAUAUCAAAGAUUCAUACAAAGAACUUUUGGCAACGGUGAAAAAAUUCUUUUGCGAUAAAUUUAGUGAAUUUAUUCGUGAUACUUCUAAAAUUCACGAUUUUACUUUUGACGAAGAUUUUGAUAGAAUUCUUGAUAAUAUUGAAACCAAGGAUACACAAGUUCAAGAAAAUAAAAGAUCAAAGCCAAGAAAAUUUGAACAAACAAAAAAAUAUAAAGAAACUUUAGAAGGAUCCAAAAAGCUUGAUGAAAUAGCUCGUAAUAUCGAGGCACUUAAUAAUAAAAAACCUAAAGGUCGUGGCGGUCGAAAUAAACCAAAAAACAAUAAAAGUUCUAAUGCAUUAUUAUCCGAGAAUGAUAAGCCCACAAGAAAAAAGGUUAUACGCGUAUGGGAUGAUAAAAUAACAAAGGAACAGAUGGAAAGUCUUGAUUAUAGCGCUGAACAAAAUAGCGAUGUUGAUUCUACGGUUGUCUCCAAACAAUUCGUUGAUGAAAAUGAAUUAGGGCGUCAUUUUAAUGACGGUCAUUACGAAGUAAAAGAUUUGGGUGGUAAUGAAAGUGAAGGGGAUGAAGAUGAGGAGGAGGAAGAGAUGAAUGACAAAAUUUCAAACGACAACCAAAACAAAGCAUCGAGCAUUUUUUCAUUUUUCAAAAAUAUCACUGGCCAGAAAACUAUUACUGAACAAGAUCUUGCACCAGCUUUAGCUAUUAUGAAAGAUCAUUUGAUAAAAAAGAAUGUUGCGACUGAUAUUGCAAUACAUUUAUGUGAAUCAGUUGCAAAAAAGAUUGUCGGACAAAAAACAACAACUUUUAAAAGCAUGCAAUCCGUUGUUAAACAAUCUAUGGAGGAUUCUUUAAAACGUAUCCUUACACCAAAAACAUCUGUAGAUUUAUUACGUGAUAUAGCACAAGCACAAUCUGAAUCUCGUCCAUAUACGAUUUGUUUCAUAGGUGUAAAUGGAGUUGGAAAAUCCACAAAUUUAUCAAAAACAUGUUUUUGGUUAUUGCAGAAUGGCUUGAAAGUGCUUAUUGCAGCUUGCGAUACUUUUAGAUCCGGCGCUGUGGAACAAUUAAGAGUUCAUGUUAGAAACCUAGGUGCUUUAGGUUCUGACUCUUGUGUGGAACUUUAUGAACGAGGAUAUGGAAAAGAUGCUGCAGGAAUUGCAAAAGAUGCCAUUAAUUAUGCAAAGUUAAAUAAGUUUGAUGUGGUUUUAAUCGAUACUGCUGGCCGUAUGCAAGAUAAUGAACCAUUAAUGCGAGCUUUAGCAAAGCUUGUAACUGUGAAUAAUCCAGAUAAAAUAAUUUUUGUUGGUGAGGCUUUAGUAGGAAAUGAAGCAGUUGACCAGUUAACUAAAUUUAAUCAAGCUUUAAAAGAUUUUUCAGGAUUGCAAAAUCCUAGACAUAUUGAUGGAAUCAUAUUGACCAAGUUUGAUACUAUAGAUGAUAAGGUGGGAGCUGCUCUUUCAAUGGCUUAUACAACGGGUCAACCUAUCUUGUUUGUUGGUACCGGACAAACAUAUACAGAUUUAAAAAAUAUGAAAGUAGCACAUAUUGUACAACAAAAAGUACAAUUGAUUUUAAAAUAA